AUGGAAUCCUUAUUGAGGUAGGCGCAGUGAACGCCAUAAAUAAUCAAACGAUUUUGCCACCCGUAUAACCAGUAUGAUCAAAGGAAUAGCUGAGAUGGGCGAUAUUUACCUACGAUUCGCCUGAAAAACCUGGUAAUUUUGUGGUUUAGGAGGAGAAUUUGAUUAACUUGAUAUUACGUGUCAGCUCGAGAAAUCGUCAGAGGUUAACAAUGCAAACUAUGAAUAGAAUAACAAUAUGUAUCGCAUAAGUAUGUCGCAUGUAAAUGAUCAACAGGUCGCUAUUUGUAAAGCCUGUGUUUUAUUUUUGUGAGCCUUUCAACACUUCGUGUUGUGUAUAGUAUAUAAAGGGUUUCUCUCAACACGAUCAGCACGAAACAGAAGAGCGAUAUCGAAGCAUUUGUCUUCCAUUAAAUGAAACAAUACAACGGUUGAAUAAAUAUUUACAUGUGAUAUGUAAAUUUUAUUUGUUCAGAAAGCCGUUGCCGACAUGCCCAGCUGAUCGCCAGACAUUGUCAAGUGAGAAGGUAUUUAUCUAGUCACGCUUUGAAGGAAAGUCACGUUGUCACGCCAACUCUUUUAGUUCAAUUAUAUCUAGGUUUAACAAAUAGUUAUGGUUUUAAAAGUUUAAAAAAUUUUCCGCCUUGCCUUCCAUCCUAAUGUGACCGAAAGGAAUUCAUACAUUAGGUUCUUGUUUCAGCAGUGGGAUUACUAUUGUGUGGAUUUGAAUUUUAAUACCUAAAAGCGCAACCUUUGUAUUUUUUUUCUAUUUUUUAAUUUUUUUUUUUUACGUGAUUGUGGUCUUUAAAUUGUAUUUUAUCAUUGACAGGAAACACUGUUGUUGAAAUUCAUCAACACCCACAAGUUACGAGAUGGCAAAAUAAGACACUGAAUAGUAAACUGAAAACUGAAAAGAGAGAAAAACGCUGUUUAGACAUAAUGCUUCUUGACUGGAUUUGUUUUUUAGUGUUGUUAGCCUGCCUCGUCAUAUAUUGUUUUUCAUUGACUCUUAGAUUAUACCAGCUGCCGCUCAUCAACAGAAAUUACCGACUCGUUCUGUGAAGUGUUCCAACGUUGGAUGUCCUUGGAUAGGAGACCAGCGGGCAGUGGGGGUAAAAUUGCGUGUUAUUUAUUUUUGAUAACGUUUCAGUGAAUGGAGGAAAUCUUUGCAUCUUAUCUGCACUGUAAGCCGUUUGAGGGGCUCAACAAGCGGGCUAAUGAGAUGCUGCCUUGGUACAAAAUUAUGAAAGCUUCUAUUUGUUUUAUACUGAAUGGCGGUAAGCUUUACACUGAAACCUUUGCUUUUUUCCUCUGUCACUAAAUAAAACUCCAAACAGAGUGAAGUUUUAGUAAGCCUAUCCCUCCCCCCCCCCACUCCUCUUUUGUGCUCAGCGUAGUUUGGCAGCCAAGAAGCCUCAAAGUUCAAGAGGGUAUAUUUUCAUAGAAUGCUGUAUGAUAUUGCCGAAUACUUUACUAAUUUUCAAGCUCAAGUUUACGUUGAGUGACUCAGCGUAAGGGUUACUUUAAUUUGCUGCAGAAACAUCACUCGGAGUGCCUGCUGAAAGUCCUACAGUGUCCAAACUCAGGAUGCACGGAACAUUUGACGAAACAAGACAUGACAACACACGCAGCAUUUGAUUGUUCAUGGAGGAAAAUAGAUUGCAAGUAUUGCGGAGAAACAUUUAUUAAGAAUCAGAGGCAGGUAUGUCAGUAAAACCCAACAUUAGAAAAUUGAACUUGAUUAUCCUAUUUGAAUCCUGAAAAUCCGUCGAUAAACGCUGCUAGGUUUAAAGUACCCGAAUGAGGUUCUGCUCCUCUGAAAAGAAUUUGCUGUAAAUAAAGGCUAACACCACUCUAACAAAUAUCAUUAAGUCAGUUUUCCUCUUUAGCAUAGUGGAAUAUUAUAAACAUCUUGCAAAGAUCAUGGUUGAAAAUUUUGCUUUUUCUCAAAUCUCUUCGAGUUUGUUUGUACAGCAGGUGUUGACUGAGAAGUACUUUCAAUCUCGCAUUAUUUUGCAUUUUGCCUCAGUUUUUCGCGGCUAUCUGUAACCGGUUCUAAGCCUUCAGUUAGUAAAACAAAGCGCGAUAGUGAACAUUUAGCAGCGGAGGGGUGAAAAAAUAAGGGAGGCUUGGGUCGGGUCGGGUACCCACCCCAAACCUCCCUCGCUUUUUCACUCCUCCUUUACAAUGGCGCCGUUUCAGCUAUUUUGUUCCGUUUUACUAAGUGGACGCAGGGUAGCCUAUUUGUAAAUCUAUAUAUCAUUGUGGUUUUUGUCCUGUACCAGGAACAUUUUGAUGUUUGCCAGAGGGUUCCUGUUCAAUGUACCAACAAGUGCGGAUUAACUGAUAUCCCACGAGAUAAGGUUUGCUCCUUUCGUUCUUCAGGAGAAGGAAGAUAAUUAUGAUGCAGAUUUUAUAGCGCACCUCAUACACGAAGGCCUGAGGAUCGACAAAGUUAGUUUUUAAUUGGAUAGAAUGCGGUUUAUUUUUGUGGAAGUCAUGCUUGAGAAGCUACGCCGGUACCUUGUUUUACUAGCCGGAGACAGGCAUUGCCAGUGUAAACUUUCUUGCUCAUUCGAUCACAUCACGAUUUUCUCGAUUUGGGUUCCACCUUUAAGCGCUAGAUUCGAAGUCCACUAUAAUUUCCAUCAGAACUAUUACUUAAAAUUUGAAAAAACUCAGUCGGCUCUCUAGGGAAUUGAGAACGAUUUCAAACUUAAACGACCACGUUUUUCAUUCUACCAAACAGCUGAAAUUUGUGUUGAUUCAGCCAGUGGUGAAGAUACCGAGUGCGUUAUACACUAACCCUGAAAUAAACCUAAGAAGUUAUAUCAAUUUACAAAUGAUCAAGUACAUUUGCGACACGUACCCUUCCAUCCACCACUGGGCAAUUUAUUUUUUCGAUGUGACAAAAAUGAAUUGAUAUUGCCAUCCCUAAGGGAAACAUUAUGAAAGUGGUAGCUGUUCCGAAGAUACCUUCUCUAGGUAACUGACACGGAUUUGGAUGUCUAUGACCUGAGACCUGUAUUGCCCAAAUUAAAAUAAUCACAUUUCAUUCCUUUGCUAAUAUCUGUUUUAUUUCCAGUUGGAGGUUCACAUUCGUGACGAAUGUCCUAAUACUGAGGUUUAUUGUGAAUUCAAGAAUUUAGGAUGUGAAGCAAAGGUAUGUUUGUAUCAUCAUAUUUUUCAGAUAAUGCACUUUCCAACUGAUAAGUUUUCAUAACCUCAUCGCUUCUUUAUUAAACUUUUGAUAUUGUACAGAAAAUCUACGUGUUUAUCAUUUCUGAGAGUUAAAAGUUAGCCCAUUAUUCUUUCUUUUUUGCAGUUCCCACGAUCAAAUACCAAGUCGCACUUGGAAUCCAACGUUGAAUUUCAUCUCAACAUAGCUCUUCUUGGUCUCGAAGCCACGCGCCAUCGAGUUCGUGCUCUGGUUGGUAUGGUGAAGGAUCGGUCAAAGAAGAUAGAAGGAUUAGAAAAGGGCGUGUCAAAGGACAGUGAUCGCUCUCAACCAAUAGCAAAGCGGAGGGGAACAACUGAAUGCUCUCUCUUUGUUUGGACAAUAACUAAUUUUCAAGCUGUUUACGAGCGAGCAUAUUCUGGGAAACAAGAAGUCAUUCUAAGUGAACCCUUUUAUUUGAUUAAAAACGGGUAUCGAUAUCAAAUCAAAAUGAUGCCAAACGGAGGUGCAGCUGCGUCAGAUCUUGUUGCAGAUAAUUCAUAUAAGGGACUUUGGUUGUCGCUCUUUGUUAAAGUUGUUCCUGGUGAAUUUGAUUCCUUACUAUCGUGGCCGUGCAGGGAGAAAAUACGGCUGACCAUUAUUGAUCAAAACCGGAGUCAGGAUAAGAAAAAAAACAUAUCGACUGUUAUUGACUUGAACAAACAAGAAUGUCCUCGACCUUUAAGCGGAAGAGGUGAAGGAAUUGGCUGUCCCGAGUUUGUUUCUCAAGGCGUUUUGCGAAACGGGGCAUAUGUUAAAAAUAAUGCAAUUUUUGUAAUGGCUAGCAAGGUGUAGCACGAGAUCUCGUGGAUUUGCAAGUAUUUGUUAAUUUGGUGAAAUUAAUACAAUACCAUUGUGACUAGUUCUUACCUUAUUGAAGACAAACGCAUUUCAGUCUUCACCAUCGAUUCCAGACAGAAGCAGGAUAGUCACGUUUCAUGAAAAAUGGCACAUUUUUGAAAAAUAUGGUUAUCUUGCUUCUGUUGUUUAAGUAGGCCAUCGCUGAACCCAAAAAAUUGAUCGACAUUCAGCACCACAGACGUCACAGAAAGAAAAGAAUGAUCGAAUUCCACUCACCCUCACUUUCACGCAGUGGAAUCUAUCAUUCUAGAAGACUUCAAAUUACUUCAAAUUGAUCCGGGACUCGUUUGAUCUUUUCGCAACCUCUGCUGAAUCCAUUCAAACACGACUAAAACAUAAUCAACUUUGGUCUGAAGUGCACUCCAAACAAAUGAUCAGCGCGGAAAAUUAAAAUGCGCGGGCGCACGAUGCAAAACUUGUCCUUCAUUCAACACUGAUAAAGUGAUCCAUUGAGAUCACUGAUCAUUUCCCCUAGGCCUGUACCUCCACCAAAGUCACCAAUUGCACUGAUUGCUGUAAGGUAUACAUCAGCAAAACAGAAAAACGAUCAAGCGACACCGAGAUUCCGGGAACACCUUCGCGACUAAGAGAGGAAUGACUAAGACGCAUCCAAACCUGUCGCUAGAUACUUUAAUCUUCCCAAUCUUGCUAAGCCUGAUUUAUGGAAGUCUGCGGCCUUUCCUUUCAUCUAGACGGUUCAGAAAGCUGCAAAAGUUUAGAGCAAAAAAUUAUCUCUUUAAUCGAUACUCUUAAUCGUGACAUUCGAUAUUCAUCAAAACCAGGAGCCCAUGGGCUCCUGUCAAAACCGAUUUCCUCGCAAAGGCCAAAUUACUCUUUGGAAAUGAGAUUAAAGACUGCUUUCUCUUUACCUCAUCAUAAUAAAACACAGAAAUUUUAAAGAGUCAUUAGCAUUUUGUAAAUUGUGCAAUUAGUUCCCUCUUCCCUUUGACGAUGUACAUACGUCGCUCGGAAGCUGCUGUACAUCGUCAGUAAAUUCGACCUUCUUAUAUAAAAUGAAACAUCGCCCAACAGUGGUUCGUCGACAAAAAGGCUGAUGGUACAGUAGUGGAAGCGAUGAGUCCAUACAUCUCUGGUGAAACCCAUACUGAGAGGAGUAUUGUUCCUAUAAUGUACCCCGUACAAUACAUAUGACCUCGGGUGCAGGAUCUCUCUUCUUACCCUAACGAGAAACCCUGGGAAAGACAGAGAUGAUAUUUUUCACUUUUGUGUCGCGUAGGAUUGAAUACACUUCCUGCUUCAUUUCGAAAAGCAGUACUAUAAUGGCGGCGACAGACAAUGAACCAAAACUUGGCGGGUACGAUUGCGAGUUUACAAGCGAUGUUCCAGAGGAAUUUAGGUGUCCUAAGUGUUGUUUACCGAUCAAGGAUCCAGUACAGAGCGUUCAAUGUGGACACAGAUUUUGUAGCAUCUGCGUGGAAUCACUCCUUCGGUAAUUGGUUACCACUCUAUCAUAACAUAGCAGCCUUCUCAGCAUGUUAGAUCAUGUUAGCAAUUGGUUUCUUUGGUACUUGGUACUUAUCAAGUACGUCGUGAUUCGAAUGCUGGCGUGAUGUCAAUUAUUUUGUUAUUCUGUCCACGUCGUCGAAUUCCUAUCACUGGCAAUAUCUUAGUUUUCGUGUUUGCUGCGUGGUUUUCAUGCUUUUAGGACGAAAUUUUUAUAACAUCCCCCCCAGGGUUACUAAAGGGAACACCGAUCAGUGAUGUCUACGUAGUAAAACGUUCCACCGAUUAUCUUUCUUUGUUUCUCCUUUGUCUGUCAGACCGCCGUCGCCAUCGUGUCCAGUAGACGGGCAACCAUUGUCACGCGAUAAGGUUAGUCAGCAGUCACGCAAAAUAGGGUUAGUAACCCAAAGGUACAAUUGGCUAUCUGAGCAGGCAUCACAAACGCGUUUACAGCGGAGUAUCCAAUUUACCGCCAAGCCUCGCACUUAAGGUGCAAACUGGUGAAUUAAAUCAGGAAAGUAUCCCUAGGGUAAAUUUUAAUUAAAUAACCUUUCUUGACUAACAGUUCGUCAAGUUUUAAUGACGGUUUCUUGGUUCCCAUUUAUCAUUUAUACCCCAAAGGAGGGUUGGGGUGAUGGGGGUGGGAAGGAGAAUACCGGGGCUCGUGAUCUGGAUUUAAGGAUGCUAGCAAAUGGGACAGCGAGUUUCCUAAGACUGCUGAGCUGUAAAUAAUUCUAGAAUAUUCCAUAUGACAGAUAUUUCAAGAUACUGCUUGUGGUCGAAAAAUCCUGAACAUGUUCGUGAAGUGUCCUAAAAGUGGAUGUCCAUGGACAGGCGAACUUCGAUAUGUAGAGGUAUUCCCCCAUACCCCUCAUGAAUAUUAUGCUAAGGGUUCUGAGGAUUUGCAAUUCUCUAAUCCAGAAUAUUUGAUCAUGGAUCAGUCUAAGAGUUUCUUAGACUUGCUAAGUUCAACAUCACUUCUGCAAAAAUUUUCGAAGUGACUGAUUGAUAAGGAGCCUUUUUACUUCAGUUUUAAAAAGACAGAAAAAAAAACAGAAAUGCCGGGAUCUUUAGCUAGUUCCUUUUUGUGCUCUAUCCCCUGCGGCGGUAUUGAGGUGGAAACCUUAGAUUGACGUCCUUCCUCAUUGGCAGGUGGAGGGGUGACGAAAAAAGCUCUAGACAUAUCCUAGUAUCACUAAUAAUUAUGCUGAAGAUAUCGGAAGUUUCAGAGAAUAAAUAUCUCUCAAAUGUGCAAAACUGUCCAAUAAGACAUGGAUUGUAGAAAAGUUCAGUGAUUUAUUUUGUUACUGUUUUUCCACCUGUGUCAGUACAAUAAUUUUGUAUUAGAGCCGAAACCUAAACUUUAAUAUAAGGCUUCAAUGCCAUUUGAAUUUGCAAUGCAAUUUUGAAUUUUGUUUUUUCAUGAUUUCCAGAAUCAUCAAGCAGAAUGCGUAUACAUAGAAGUGCAGUGUCGAAACUCAGAAUGUACAGAAAAGCUCCUAAAGAAAGACAUGGGCUCACACGUGGAAUCCCGAUGUUUGUGGAGAAUAAUACGUUGUGAAUAUUGUCAAGAGUUAAUUAUCUUCAACAACAAACAGGUAAGUUACGCUUAAAAUUAGUAAUCCUUCGUUUGGAAUAUACUCCUUUGAGAAAUUCCUUUUUUGUUAUACGAGCUUAAAACUCACGACGUCGUGCAAUCAAUCGAGUUGAAGAUUUCGAAUUAAGCUUACUUACAGCGUAAAUUUAAUAUUAUUGCCAGCCUGCCAAUACUUUUUCGGCCCUCGAGGUAGUGUCGUGUCAAAAAAUGGAAUCUGAUAUUGUCUCUUCUUUUCCAGAAACAUUUUGAUCAUUGUUCCUUGUUUCCAGUCAAGUGCAGUAACAAUUGCGGCUUAAGAGAAAUUCCCCGAAAAAAGGUUUAUCAGCUAUGCUUGCAUGAUCUUUCACCUUGUGAUGCUGUCACCUGUAGAUAAAUAGAUAGAUAGAUAAACUGUUUGAUAAAUUUUGUUAAUAAUUCAUGACUUGUAGCCUGAGAAAAACCCAUACUAAUCUGCUGACACAUGCCACAAAAUAAACUGACAGAAAGAAACAAAUUAGGUAAUUUUAAAGCUAAAGUAGUAAUAAUCAUAAUAAUGAUGAUACUAAUAAUGUAAAAUCUAUUACUAAUUAUACUUAUCUAAUGGGCUAGAGAUAUCUGAUUAUGAUCUGAUAGGUCAGAAAAAUCGCUAAAAAGUUUGAUUUAUGUAAAAGUGAUAAAAUUAUGUUAAUUUUGAAGAGCAGAGCGAGAAGCCCUUACAGUUAUCAUUCAUCAGUGAAACUAUAUCGCACUUACCAAUCCUGUUUUUAAAGGUAUUUAGAAAUCUUCUAUUCUGCAAUUCUAACAUCCUUCGAUAGUUUUCCCCAUAAUCAAGGCCCAAGAUAACGUAAAGAAUAUUUUCCGUAUGUAACAGCGUUACAUAUAGGAAUUAAAAGAGUCUGAUUCCCUUAAAAGUUAAAAGAGAUAUGAUUAUUAAAAAUAUUACAGAUGUUAGUAAGACAUAGUUUGUGUUUCACUUUUUACAUGAGGGGUGCCUGUAUCAUUUGUUCGUAACAAUGGGAUCAAAACGUUAUAUUGUUGUUUUUGUUGUCGUUUAUAGCUCGAGGUUCACAUUCGUGAUGAAUGUCCCAAAACUGAAGUUGACUGCGAAUACAAGCACUUAGGAUGUGCGGCUGUGGUAUGAGCAAUUUUAAAUACCUCUAAUUCUGGUAGUUAGCAUUGAGGAGUGUUCUGUUGUAUAGCAUGGCCGGUAUUUUUGUAGAAAAGUUAUUAAAAGAGGGUGGUAACGAUCCUAUAAAGUUGAGAGAUCAACGAGGCUGAGAGGUGGAGACGUGGCACAGGUAUAUGUCCAGGGCAGAGCAUAAUUGUUUGAGAUACGAUCAGAACUAAUCCAGACUUCAUGGAAAGGCUUUUCCGUUUUUGCAUCGCUUUUGUUUUCUUUUCUCGUUCAAUCUCAUUUCAUUUCAUUUGAUCGCAUUUCAUUUUGUUCGGCCUUAUCAUCUUUUUUGUGUGUGAAAAAGUUUAAUCGAGGAUUAGGUUUCUAAAAACAUUGGUGAUCAGAAUCUCGGACCUAUACGAUUCGUUUAGAAUUACAGAAGUUGGUGAGAUUAUAAUCUCACAAAGCUCCUAGUCUUGUGCAAAGACUGAUAUAUCUCUUUCUGUGCUCGCAGUUCCUAAGACCAAACGCCAAGUCUCACUCAGAAACCCAAGUUGAAGGACAUUUGAACUUGGCUGUUCGCAAACUGAAAGUCACUCAGGAGCUCGUUAGCCAUCUGAACUGUCAGGUACAGAAGAUGGAGCAAGUGAUGGCCAAUUUUGAAGAAACGUCACAGCAGAUGGAGCGACUGAAGACCGAAGAUCUAGAGAAAUCAAAGCAGAUAGAGCGAUUGAUUGCCAGAGAUGUUGAGAAGACAAAGCAGAUUGAACAGCUAAUUGACAGAGAUGAGGAGAAGUGUAGGGAGAUGGAGCAAUUGAUGAAAAAGGUUCAAGAACAAACACAGCAGAUAGAAAGGCUCAGAAUGAUGGCAAGGAAGUGUGCUCCUUUUGUUUGGAAAAUCUCCAACUUCCAAGCCGUGUUAAACAGAGCAAACAGAGGAUUUCACCCCCAAAACAUUUUACUAAGCGAAAAAUUUUAUUUGUCCGAGAAUGGCUACAAAUCGCGUAUCAAACUAGUACUAUAUCACAAAGAAAGUUUCUUGUCUCUUUAUAUCAGGAUUGUUCCUGGAAAAUUUGAUUCGUUGUUAUCCUGGCCAUUUCUUGAAAAAGUGCGCCUUUCGCUGAUCGAUCAGAACCCAUGCAAAGAUAAAAGGAAGGAUUUAUCAGAUGUUUUGGACUUUGAGAAGAGGAAAGAACGUGUUACCAAACCUAUGGAAGACGACCGAUUUGAUUUUGGCAUAAACAUUCCUCAUGACGUUUUACGAACACGAUCAUAUAUCAUGAACGAUAUGAUUUGCAUAAUUGUUAGAAAAGAAAAUUGAACUUUACCAUUUGCACGAGCCGUGCACAUAGAGUAAAGUCAACUUAGAGUCAGUACGACUACCUAGUGAAUACGACUACCUUAUUAUCAAGAGGCUGAACCUUUUUUUCAGUGCCCCACUGAUUUUAAAACUCAGUUAUUAUGUCAUUCUAUUCGAAAACCAACCUUAGAUUCCGAACCAACAAGUAAUUGAAACCCACUUGCGAGUUCCAAUUUUCCUCCUGUAGCUGAGAAGAAAUUUUCAAUGCUUUGAAUAAACUUGAAAAAAGUCAAACGUCAACUUCCCGGACAACUACUGAUUGAGUUACUUCUGCUGUUUUUAUGAAGUCUUACCAAAAGCUUUACCAGAAGCAACGUCUGAAAGGAGGGGAAAGUCGAAAAGAAAAGUUGAGCCACG